AUGGCAUCCCUGCUGCCCAUCCGGACCUUGCCCUUGAUCCUGAUUCUGCUGACUGUCCUGGCCCCGGGGGCUUCAGACUUCAACAUCUCGAGCGUGUCUGGUCUGCUGUCUCCGGCGUUAACAGAGAGCCUGCUUGUUGCCUUGCCCCCCUGUCACCUCACAGGGGGCAACGCCACGCUGAUGGUCCGGAGAGCCAAUGACAGCCAAGUGGUGAAAUCUAGCUUCGUGGUGCCUCCGUGCCGUGGGCGCAGGGAGCUGGUGAGUGUGGUGGACAGUGGGGCCGGCUUCACGGUCACCCGGCUCAGUGCGUACCAGGUGACAGACCUCGUGCCAGGAACCAAAUACUACAUUUCCUACCUAGUGACGAAGGGGACAUCCACUGAGUCCAGUAGAGAGACCCCAAUGUCCACACUUCCUCGAAGGAAGGUGGAAUCCAUUGGGCUGGGAAUGGCCCGGACGGGGGGCAUGGUGGUCAUCACAGUGCUCCUCUCUGUUGCCAUGUUCCUGCUGGUUCUGGGCUUCAUCAUCACGCUGGCCCUGGGCACCCGGAAGUGA